GCUGCUCCUGCCCCUGCAGUCCAGUUAACACCUUUACCCUGGAUGCUGCCACCAUGAAGCUGGUUCUCCUACUUCUUGCCAUAUUUGUGGCAACGGAACUGGUAAUGUCAGGCAGAAAUCCUAUCCUUCAAUGCAUGGGUAACAGAGGAUUCAGUAGGUCUUCCUGCAAAAAGAGUGAACAGGCCUACUUCUACUGCAGAACUUACCAGACAUGCUGCCUCCAGUUCUAUGUGAGGAUCAGCCUUACAGGUGUAGAUGAAAAUACUAACUGGUCUAAUGAGAAACACUGGCCAAGAAUACCAUGA